CAAGGACCGGGAUCGCCUCGCCACCCUCGUCGCCGACUAUAAAGGCCAGCGCUCGGCACCCUCUCUCCUCUCUUUCUCUCAUCCUCUCAUUCGCCCAUCGUCCUCUUUCGUCGACCUCACUCUCCGGCAAUCCAGAUUGCAGCACUUCCGCUCAUCUCUGUCGCCACCAUACACCCACUCCUCCUACCCUCAUUCGUCUUUACAACCAACGUGGCUUCAACCACUACCUCACUGUCGCCGUGCCUUGCCAUUGACCUCGCCACCUCAAGUAAUCAAGCCCUCGCGUCUUCUGACCACUUGUUAUUACGUCACAAGCGUGAAUACACUCAAGGGUACAACACGGGUGCAACUACCAUACUACUCGCCCAACCGACAUGUCUUACGCAUGGCACUCAACCGACAUCUUGUGCGGCUGCUUCUUCCAAGUCGAAUAUGACCGCUACUACCUGCCGCAAGUUGAUAUCAGCGCUCACACAACUAUCAUCGGCACCUCUUCCCGCACUGUGCUACGGCAAACAUUUGAGAACAAGUCCAAGGAUAAGAUUGAUGAGUUAAAAUACGUUUUCCCGCUAUAUGAUGGCGUGUCCGUCGUGGGCUUCCGGUGCACCAUCGGCAGCCGCGUUAUCGAGGGCGUAGUCCAGGAGCGCAACCAAGCCAAGGCCACCUAUAAAGCAGCGACGGACCGCGGCGACAUGGCCGGCCUGCUUGAGGAGUCGCUUAGCGCUGGUGAUGUCUUCACCACUCGCAUCGGCAAUGUGCCCGCUGGCGAGAAGGUCUUUGUCGACAUUACGUAUCUCGGUGAGCUCGAGCACAAUGCUCAGAUCGACGGCCUCCGGUUCACCAUUCCCACCCAGGUCGCGCCCCGUUAUGGCUCCAUGCAGUUUGGAGACAGCGCUUCCAGCAAUGUCCAGGGUGGUGAAAUCAGCGUCACCAUCGACAUUGAGAUGCCCACCGCGUCGGCAAUUAAGAGUGUCCAGAGCCCAUCGCACCCCAUCGCUGUAUCGGUCGGCCACACCUCCAAAGCUCCCAACGCCGACCCUUCAUUCGAGAAGGCGACAGCUAGCCUUACCCUCAACUCGACCUCGCUCGAAACCGACUUCGUUCUUCACGUCGUCGCAACCAAUCUCGGCGAGCCUACUGCCCUUCUCGAGACCCACUCCACGAUCCCUCAUCAGCGCGCCUUGAUGACCACUCUAGUUCCUAAGUUUGCGCUGCCUUCUGAGAAGCCCGAGGUUGUGUUCAUCUGCGACCGCUCCGGCUCUAUGUCUGGACACAUUGGCAGCCUCAUCUCGGCGCUCACGCUUUUCCUCAAGUCCCUUCCUGUUGGGGUCAAGUUCAACAUUUGCUCGUUUGGCACCGAUUUCAAGUUUCUCUGGAAACAGUCGAAGAGUUACACUCAAGCAACGCUCGACGAGGCCUCACGACACGUCGCUGCGUUCAAGGCCAACUUUGGGGGCACGGAGAUGUAUAAUCCGAUCCUCGAGACAUUCAAGCGGCGGUUCACCGAUAUGAACUUGGAGGUGUUUGUGAUCACUGAUGGUGAGAUCUGGGCGCAGGAAGAACUGUUCGCCAUGAUGAACGAACAAAUCGAAAAGGCCAAGGGUGCGAUCCGCGUCUUCAGCCUUGGCAUUGGCAGCGGUGCAUCGACCUCUCUUGUCAACGGCAUUGCACGGGGGGGUGGCGGCUUUGCGCAGUAUGUUCAUGAUGGCGAGAAGAUGGACGUAGCUAUCCUGCGCAUGCUGCGCGCCUCACUCUUCCCGCACAUUACCGAUUACUCGCUCGAGAUCAAGUACGGCAAGUGUGAGGAAAGUGACGACGACUUUGAGCUUGUCGAAAAGGUCAACUCUUCUCUCUUGAUUGGGGACAACGAAACGGCUGCCAAGACCAGACGCAGCCCGUCGAAGCGCAUCAUCUCCUUGUUCCAGCGAGACCUCAAGGACGACUCGCCGCCCAAGUCCGAAGCCGCGCCUCUUCCUGCCCUCCCGGCGCCACGCUACCUGCAGACUCCGGGAGUUAUUCCACCGCUCUUCCCCUUUUCGCGUACGACGGUGUACGUGCUCCUUUCGGACACGUGCCCCUCCUCCGCUCCAGUGGCGGUCAUCCUCCGCGCCACCAGCGCUGCAGGACCGCUGGAGCUUGAGAUCCCUGUCACGGUGCUCCGGGAGCCAGGGAUGACCAUCCAUCAGCUUGCCGCUCGCAGGGAGAUGAAGGAGCUCGAGGAGGGUCGGGGGUGGGUAUCGCUCGCAAAGGUCGGUCCGGUUGCCCUCAAAGACAAGUACCCGGGUCGAUACAGCGACAUGGUUGAGCGCGAAGCCGUGCGCAUCGGAACGAAGUUCCAGGUCAGCGGAAAGUGGUGCAGCUUUGUCGCUGUUGAGAAGGGUAACAACGGCGACGAGAUGGUGGUCGACAUCCCGCCCGAGUACAACGAGAGCAAUAUCGAAGACCACAUGGACAUGUCCAAAGGCAGCAUGUCCGCCUCUCCUUACGGCAUCCCCUUACAAGCUCCUCCGCCUGCUCCGAUGCAGAUGCAGGCUCAGAACGUAUCCAGGCAUGGUGGCAGUGGCAGCAGCUACGGCUCGGCUGCCAACUCGAGAGCACAUGUCUCGAAGAGAUCGGCAAUGCCCCAGCGGUCGAAGGGAGGCGCAAUGCCCAAGAAGUCGAUGGGGGGUGCAAAGCCCAUGGCGGCGCCGAGCGGCGCCGUGAGGCAUAUAUCGGCGAUGCUUACAAAGUCGACGGGAGGCGCCGCCCCCGGCUCCAUGAGGGAGGCGCCGUCGUAUGCGCCCUCUGCGCCGCCUGCCGCUCCGUGUCCUCAAGCGGUGGCGCUGGACACGAACCCCGGCGGCGUGACCCUGAUAGCCCAAACUCGCGGCCGCGGCCAGGACAACACCGGCGCGUUCGAGCGUCUUGCUUACUCUCCUUUGGAUGAUUUUUCUUACGCUGAGCGACGUUCCGCGCCUGCGGACACUAGUGGCGGGGAAAGGAAUCCUGUGAUGGCCCUGAUGUUCCUCAUCAAUGAGCAGUUGUUCGAAGGCAACUGGAGGUGGACGCCGACGCUCGAAUAUGCGCUGGGCAUCAAGGCUGAAGAGGCCAUGGCAGCGGCACCGGGGUUCUCCGCCGAGAUGGUAGCUACUGCGUGCGCGGUGGCGCUUUUGAACGCCAAGCUCGCGCAGGCGAAGGAGAAGUGGGUGAUGAUAGAGGAGAAGGCGGAGACGUGGCUGCAUGCGCAGGGUGGGGACGUGGAGGCGCUUAAGAAGGCGGUGCGGACGCUAUUCUAGUAGCCACAAUAUGUAGCCUUCGCAGAAGAGCAAUGAAUCAAUGUCUGGU